AUGUUUUCGAGUUCUCUGCUUUUCGCCGUUGCCCUUGCUGGCGUCCACUCUUUCUCUUUUGUCGCUGCUGCAGAGGACCCCGUAAUUACACCCAAGCCCACCCCCACUCUUGCCAAGCGCCAACAGGCCGGGGCUCCAGGGACACCUAUUUUAUCGACUCUUAGCUUCGCCUUUACAGACCUCCCUGAGCAAGUAUACCCCUUCCCAGUUCUUCGUGGCCCCCAGUCUGGCUUCAACAUUUGCAACUCCACCACAUUGGGCCCAAAUUCGCUUUGCCAGACUUUGGUGUUCAACGAUCCUACCGACUUCUGCUUGUGGGGUUCGCCAGACACUGCAGGAGAGAUUGGCAAUGUUGAGGCUCGCGUUGUUGCUUACUGCACUAAGCCUUACCACGGAACCCGUCUCAUCCCCCCCGAUGCCAUCACUGGUCUCCAGUGGGUGAAAACGUCUGCCUACAUUCAAGUCACUGGCUUCAUCAAAAACUCUGGUCUCGGUCUCGACGACAACCCCGGAAACGGUGGUGAACUUGACCCUCACGGUGCCGAUUUGCAAGGCAACCCUCUCGGAGGUGUUGUUUUCUCUAAUGGAACUGCUGAUUCCGAUGGACACACUCUCACCCAAGUCCUGAACUGGAACAACUUUGUCGGCAAUGGUCAAUUCUGCUUCAAAGCCUGCUUCAACUCCGUCAAGAGCCCCGACUACUGCGAGAACAGAUACGAUCUCGUUGGUUGCCAGUACAACAUGCCAUCUAACGUCAAGGAUGGAGAGUUCACUGAGUGCGACAGUGACCUCCAGGACGUUGUCGGUACCUACACCGGCGCUGAUGGAAAGACCUCUGUCUGGUCGAUGCCUGACCCUCUCACCACUACCCCACCAUACACCCCACGAGUGCCUGCCUCGCGCAAUUGCAAGACCUUCGCUGCUACUGACCUCUUCUUGCCCGUUACCCAGUCAUCAUCGUCUGGCGCUGCUGGAACCACCCCCACUGGCCAAUCAGGCUCUGGCUCUGGUUCUGGUGCUCCUGGUGCCACCAACAAGGCAUCAUCAGGGUCUGGCAGCUCAAGCGGUGCGCCACCAAAGAACAGCAGCCCUGCUGCCAGGGGUGUCUCUGUCGGUGUUCCCUCUGCCCUGUUCGCUAUGGUUCUCGCUGCUGCUGGCGGUGCUGCUAUGGUGCUAUAA